AGGAGCGUGUUUCUGUGUCGUCAGUGUUGUUGUGAUAGACGUUACUUCUGGAACACCAGAGUAGAGAAUCCAGUCUGAUAGCAGUGUUUCAUUUAGUUUCUCUUUAGUGUAGUAGUAGUUUGAAGUGCAGCCAGGUUCAUUUCUGUGUUAUACAGAUACCCACGGGAGAUGGAUGGUAAAUCAACCAUAGAUUCAGAGCAGGAUUCGGACAGCUCUUCGGGAUCUGACUGGAUGAGUGAAAUGGAAAAAAGUAAAGGAAAACAAGGAGGAAAAAGAAAGAUUAGGGAACACGAUGGCAAGGAGAAAGGAGCAUAUUCCAACAAGAAGAAAAAAAAUAGAAGUAAAAGCAGUCCAGACCUGGACGAAAUCUUUCAGGAGGCCAGAAAUAAGACAAAACUUCCCGUCUGUUGUGGAAAAAUCACUGGUCUUAUAUACAAAAAAAGAUAUGAGAAUGGAGAGAAGUGCGUUUCAUAUAAAGGGAAAUGGAUUACACCCAGACAGUUUGAGAAGUUUGGAGGAAAGGGGAAUAACAAGAAGUGGAAGAGUAGCAUCUAUUACAAGUCAUCAAAUGGCCUUCAACAAGUGCCAUUAGAGAAACUCAUACAAAAUAGGUGUCUGCCACAGUAUGGAUAUCCGAGGAAGUCAUCUAGACAGGUGACACAGACAGAUAGAUGUGGUGCAGACUCAUCAUCUCAGCGAAAUGUGACAAGAAGAAAGACACCUAACCAUACAAAACAUUUCACUGGCAGUAAGGAAAACAAUCACAGAAAUAGAAAUGAAAUACCUGUGUGUGGAAAUGAAGAAGACACAGUGCUGAAGGGAACAGUUCAGCUGGACAGUUCUUCAGAUGAGUCCAUAUCUGUUGCUGAAAGAGUCAAACUGAACAGGAGGGAACCUGUAAAUUUAACUGAAACUAUCAUUAAAAAGAUCACAGAACAUAUAGAAUCUACUGGGAAUGAUACAGACUCACCUGCUCAUCCCACUGAUGCUACAGAACCUGCAGUAGCUCCUGUCAUAGAUGAGGCAGAUCAGACCACAGAUGAAGCAGCAGCUCAGUUGAACUUCAGUGAUUCUCCUGCUGAUGCUACAGAACCUGCAGUAUCUCCUGUCAUAGAGGAGACUGAUCAGACCACAGACGAAGCAGCAGCUCAGUUGAACUUCAGUGAUUCCCCUGCUGAUGCUACAGAACCUGCAGUAUCUCCUGUCAUAGAGGAGACUGAUCAGACCACAGACGAAGCAGCAGCUCAGUUGAACUUCAGUGAUUCUCCCACUGAUGCUACAGAACCUGCAGUAUCUCCUGUUGUAGACGAGGCAGAUCAGACCACAGAUGAAGCAGCAGCUCAGCUGAACUUCAGUGAUUCUCCUGCUGACUGGCAGAAACCUGUUGCUUCUGAAGAGACUGAGAAGAUAGGCCAGAUGCAGUUAAUUAAAUGUCUGGAAAAUCAGUUUAAUAACAUUAACAACACCCUGAAAUCAAUUGAUUUGUCUUUGAAGAAGCUGGUGGAAAAACAGUCACAAGACACACCGCCUCAAUAUAUCUUUCUAAUUCCUGCUGAUUUUGAAAAUCCCCAGAUUAACUCCUCAGUCAAGGAGGAGCAAAUCACUGAAGUUGUAAUGACAUGAUUAAAAACAUGAUGAGUGAAAAACUUAGGUCUGAAAUUAAACAAAAAUAGUCAAUACUGAUGAGAGAAAGAAAUAGAACUGUGGUCUAAGAUGUUAUGAAUAAAAAAAAUACAUGUAAGGUGUAUCCAUAGGUAUGAAUAGAUGCCCCCUUCGUCCACUUCAAGCACGUAGAUGCAUCCAUCAUGUUGUAACGGUCAACUUGACUUCAUUCACUAUUCUAUGGUUUCGCAGAUCAUUGGCUGUGCAGGAUUGUGCCAUCUUUGAAUAUUCAUUGAUUACUAUGAUGAAUGAACAAAGAAGGCAAGCCUGCAACUUUUUUUUUUUUUUUGAAUGGUUGUCAAUGGAGGAGAGGCUUCACUAUGCUGAAUAAACAGCUUUUUUUUUUUUUUUUUUUUGAGGAAAUAGCUUAUCAUUUAUUGAAUCGCCAGCCUGUUGGCUAAUGCUUUAGUUUUGGUUAAAACUAGUUUUAGUUUAAACUGAAAAAAAAAAAAAAAAAAGUUUUAUAAAAGAAGUCAAUGACAUAUUGUGACAGGUGGGAUUCAGCUGAAGGCACUUCCCAUUCAUUCCUAUUCUUAAAUGCCA